CCGACGCAUCCUGCGCGCAAUAAAAUAACCACGUAAAUUGUUGCCUACAGCAAAACUGACGUAGUGUUGUGCUCGAUUACCUAAAUGAAUAAUAAAGUGAUUCUUCAGUCACUUUCUGGAAUUUUUAUAACUGCCAUAGUGGAAAUUUACACGCUACAGUGAUGUGACAGUGCUAUCUAAGAACAGAAAAAUGAAUUAUUGAUGAUAACAUGUGUUCUGUUAUAUUGAAGAUUUUGCACCGGACUUAUGUUGUGGAUGCUAAUUCUAGUGAAUUUUGUGGAAUACAUUUAUGCUAACUCAGACGAUAGCUCGAACAGUCACGAUGCGGAAAAAGAACCACAGUGCUGCACAGGGGACGGAAAUCCCGGGAAAAAGGCGGAGAAAUCACCCUGAAAAGCUGGCGAGAGUGGCGAGAGAGGAUGCACGAUCUGAACAGGAACAGCAAAAUACACAUACAAUAAAAUAUCUACAGGGAGGAUGCGAGCUUCCCUCCUGCGGAGCGGAAGCUGCCUGCAUGCCAUACAACGAUACCACCUAUUACUGCUUGUGUACCUCUAACGGACUCCCGCCCGAUGACGACUUCAAAUGUCCUCGGAGUACCGUACCAGUAACACCCAGACCUAUACACAACAUCAUACCUCCGAGAACUAUCAACGGUUCCACCGACAGAUACAUACCCUCCGCACCCACCGCGCAAUCACCCAAGUCGCUGGUAAGUGGCGACAUGUCUACUGAGACAUCAGCCAGCGAUGCAUCGUUCCUAAAUGCUGGUUCUAGUGCUAUGCUGAUAGCAUUAGCUGUCGGCGGCGCUCUCCUCCUCAUACUAGUCCUAGCUUCAGUCGCUGUGUGUUACGUAAGGAGAAGAAUCUGUCAAGUAGACGGCAAGGCGCAACCUCGUUUGCGACCAGGAGAACCUUUACUAGCUGAACGGUAUAUAACGAACCCGCAAUACGGCGUAUACGGAGCCAACAGCUUGCCGAGUGGUUUGCCGGCGUCAGGGACUGCAACCACCGGCGACACUGAGGAAGAAGUGCCACUACUGGACCGAAACGCACUAAAUUUUCUAGAAGAGGUUGGAGAAGGCUGCUUUGGAAAAGUUCACAAAGGAUUGUUACGUACGGUGAACGGAGAAGAAGUUGUUGCGAUCAAAGUGUUGAAAGAAAGUGCAGGUCGCAGCGCUGAAGAGGAUUUCGUCCGUGAGGUGUCAAUAAUGUCAGCAUUCCGGCAUCCCAACAUUCUGACUCUUGUUGGAGUCGUCUAUAGAGAUGACAUAAGUGCUAGCCCAUGGAUGGUAUUUGAAUACAUGGAGUGGGGAGAUUUAGCAGGGGUUCUGCGGGGCUCUCGUGGCGGCGGACGUCCCGGCCCUACGUUAGAAGAUCACGCUUUAUUGCACGUCGCCCUUCAAGUUGCAAGGGGCAUGCAAUACCUUGCAUCGCGUCGUUUUGUGCACAGAGAUUUAGCAGCCAGGAACUGUCUAGUUGGUGCGAACCUCACUGUCAAAAUAGCGGAUUUUGGAAUGUCUCGCGACGUCUACACUUGUGAUUAUUACAAAAUGGGUGGCGAACGACCCAUGCCCGUUCGAUGGAUGUCUCCAGAGAGCAUCGUUUAUGCGCGUUUCACUCACGAGUCGGACGUUUGGUCGUACGGCGUAGUCCUUUGGGAGAUAUACAGUCGCGGGAAGCAACCUUUCUACGGACAUAAUAAUGAUGGAGCAACUAAGCUAAUAUUACAAGGAAUAGUCCUUGUACCACCUGAAGACUGCCCAAGGUUUGCUUGCGAACUGAUGCGGGAAUGCUGGAGGUCGGAUCCCAGAGAUAGAAUAAAUUUCGAUGAAAUUUGUAGAAAACUUGAAGUCGCGUCUACGACUAAUGGACAAACAACACAAAUAAGGCUACCACGACCUCCUCCCCCACCUCAAGACUCGGCCGGGUAUUUGAUUCCGGCGCCACGUCCGCCCGCUGACUAUCUGGCGACGAUUCCUGAUCCAGAUCCCGAAUCAGAGUCGAGUGAGGAUGAGGACGAGGAAGAGUACACCUGACGCAGGGCGCUAACACCGGCUUCCCAGUACCUGCCGCGUACCUCGCCUGCCGCCACUGCCUCCACCGGCGCUGCUGCAUCUGUCUCUUUCACAUUCCUGCCUAACGGGAACGACGACCCGCUAGAGUGCUAAAUUUGCAUGACGUUACAAUGACAAGGAGGCUUCGGAAGUACAUAGGCUGAAUAUUCCAUUUUGUAGUGUGAAGUCAUCGAGUAUAUAACCAGAACUAGAGACGAACUGUCAUUUAAUUUGUUUCAAAACUAUUCUGCCAUAUCAUUACUGUGACAACUGCGCUCCGAUUGGCUAGCCCGAGUUCGAAACAAUUGA